AGGAAGAAAGAACCCCUGCUGGACGGAAACCAAAGCAAACCGAUUCUCACGAGGAAUAAGGAUAACCCCGUCUUCAGCAAAAGCAACACGCCCGAUGACGCGCAGCAGUGGAGCAUCCGCCCCCCCAAACUGGGGAGAGACUCCUCCAAUGUGAGUCAAAGCGCACAUAGCUUCCGCUCGGUGAAUGAAAACACGUCUAACAAGGAUGUAGAACCUACGAAACAGAGGGACAAAAAGGGAACCUCCCCCGUGAGUACCACCUCAUACGAGUUACUAACCAAUUUAAGUAACAUAGAAAUAAACGACAGCGCAACUUUGCUAAUAUACACGUGCAAGUUAUUGCUACAAAUGUGUGGGAAGGAAAAUGAAAAUAAAGUUAAGAUGAACAUGUCCCUCUCGUCGGUCGAAAUAUUGAGAGAAAUAAAAAACAGAAAUAGGAAAAAUGUAAAGUUACUGAAAAUAAAUAUUCUAAAUGAGGUACUCACGCAUAUGUCUCUUAACAGAGGAGGUGGGGGGGAUCAAGUUGGUACAAAUACAAGUGAUCCGAGUCUAGAAAAACAUAAAGAAAUAAAGCUAGAGGAGGCCUGUAUAGAUAUAGAAAACGUGGGCAUAAGCAUCAUAAUAAAAGUUAUCUACAUAAAGAAUGUGAAGAAUUUACUCACGAAGUGUUUAUUUCAACAGGGUAAGGGUAGCGCACGAGGGGGAGAUGGAAUAAGUGUAGGAAGAGGCACAAACAGGAGUGACAAGGGAAAUAUCGAGGAUAAAAAAGGUGCGCGUGUGCUCGUAGGAGGUAUGCAUAUCCCGUAUGAGUAUCGAACCACCGGGGGAACAGACGGCAGCGGGAGUAACACGUACAACUCGCUUCUGCAAGAAAAUGAAAAAAAAAAUUCUUAA